UGAUGUUGCAGGAGUCACUGCUGAGACAUUUGUCCUGCUGAAACUGUUCCUUUGAUGAAUAGAUGUUCCUAAAAUGGCUGCUUCUGCUAAGCUGUCGGGUGAGACCUUGAUCGUAAGGCACAUCCCCCUGGCUCAUGGUCAGUCUGUGGGUUGCCAGCUUUACAGCUCGGCAACGAGACCCACAAGGCCUUGUUCUUUAAAACUGACCCACAGUAUUUCACUGCCUGAGAGAGAAGAACCCCCAAAGGAAGCACUGGACUGUGAUUUCCAAAGCUACAGUAGCAAGUCCAGUUCCAAUGAUGAGGCAGUUAGCACAGAUCAUGGUGCUGAAAAGACCAGACGAUACAAUUCCUCUCCAAACGUCCAAUUGAGCCCUUCUCAAAGAAAGUUGGAAUUCACAGGCUGCAGAAGCACCUCACGGUGGCAAAACCCUUUCCUCCCUGAUUUAGAGGUGCAUGAGGAUGAGGAGGAAGAUGAUGACUCAGAUGGUGACAACCUGCAUAAGUACCGUGAGGGCUCCUCCUUUCAGCUGCAUGGAAACUCAAAUGGGACCCAGGACGAAGCCUUGGGGUACACCACAGAGAUCUGGCUCCCAUGUAGCAACCGUAUGUUGCACCAAGAUAUGAAUCCCUUUGGGACCUGCCAAGAACACAAACAAAUUAGGAGCCUAUCAGACUCAGGUCUUCAACAUCGCAGGGACAGCAAAGGCACACCGAUAUUAAUGGACUGUGAGGAACAAGAGUGGGGGGAUGAAGAGGACUAUGAAGCAUACAUUCUUAAGGAAAGAGCUUAUGAAAAACAUGAGGGUUAUAACUAUAUUCAGUCUAAAACAUCAGAUUCUGAAUCUUCUCAAAAACAGGUAGAGUAUGUAAGUGAUUCUUCUUGCAACAGCUCUGAUGGGGUGCUAGUUAACUUCAGUGCCAUUUACAACAAAGCCAACAAUGCAGUGCCUGCUACACCACAUGGUCUGGACAGUCCUGCCAAAGAUUCCCAUGGAUCUGGAUCUAUGUCCCAGGAUGAUGACUUUAAGCCUGUUCCCUGCUGGUCGCCUUGUCGAGUUGAUCCAAAUUGUAACAUCUACCUGUUGGACUCUGAUGGUCUGGCAUCUGUUGAGAUUUCUGAUCUCACUGUUUGCCUACAAAGUCAAGCCCGGCUAAUGGCUUCUACCCAGAAUUAUUACAAACUGGUGACUUGUGACCUUUCAUCGCAAUCCUCCCUGAGUCCAGCAUGGUCAUCAGUGACCAGUUGCUCUGAGGCUCACAGCCAGGGAAGCUUGACCCCUCCAACCGAAUACUUCCUCUUCAGACAGCCACAAGAAGAGGAAGGGGAUGUUCUCAAAGUUGACCAAAGUGACCUCCAGGCUGAUGAAGAUAUUGAACUGAAAAGAAGCAAAAGAACCAUCAGGGACUCCUCAAAGGGAACAAGAGAACGAAAGGCACACAGCACAGCACACCCCAAGUCUAGAGAUCCAGAACCCAGUAACCAUGAAUACAGAAGUGCUCAGAGCUGGGAUGGGAGACGGGGGUACAGUUGCUCACCAAAACUGGAAGCGCUGCCACGUGUGCCAAGCUGUCCAAGCCAGAUAAACUCAGACCUGUCCUCACGUGUGCCGAAGCAACAUAUCACCUCAUUUGCAGAGCUUGCCCGCUGCAAGAAGGGUGGUGGGGAUUCAUCAUCAAUGGACAACAGCAUGGAAGCUCCUACCUGCUCCAAGUUCACCCUGAACACUUCCCCCAUUCAGAAGAAAACUCCACUAGGGCAAAAUAUAACUUUAAUCACAAACCAGAGCACCAAGAUACCUGAUAGCUCUGAAAUCUGUGAGACUCCAUCUAAAUUAGAAGGAGCUUGUGCCUCGUCCCCAGAAGUGGUGCGCUACACUAAAGCUCAGAGGCCCACUUUUCUUCCCAUCCAGCCCUUUGUCCUUCAACCACCAUCAGAAAAGCAGCACAGUAAAGGCCUGGGCUCCCUGCUAAACCAGUACAUUAGCCACAGACACUGCAAGCCGAGCACAUCCAAAAGCAUAGGAAAAUGCAAAGGGCUGACCAACUACUUAAGACCCUCACCUCUGGGCAGCUACUCCUCAAUGCACCUAGAGGCAGAGACUAGCUCUGACACUUGUUCCACCUGUACCCCAAGCCCAGUUCAGCAUCACAGUCGGACUCACUGGGCUCAACCCAGCCCACUGCUGGUCCAGAACCAUCCAGAACCAGACAAGAAGCGAAGUAGUCCAAAGACAUUAGACCCCAAACUGCCUGUAAAGAGCCCAAGAGCAGAUCAAACGCAUCCAACAGCGAAACAAUCCGGGACUGGUCUGCGAGAGACCGCUCUCAAACCUUUUCUCACCAUGGAACCUUUACAGAACCCCUGUCCUGAGCUGGUGUCUUCACCGUCUCCUGUCUUGAGAGAGGAACUUAUAGCCCCAAAGCCAGGAACCCAAGAACAGUCUGUCCACGCUAAUCACAGUUGCUCUCCAGCCAUAACCUCAGUGACCUCUCUGACCUCUGACACCUCCCUCAAACCUUCACAAAGAUUCUGGGGCCCAUCAGAGGUUCCUCACACUGAUGAGAAACUCAGCACCACUUCUGCACUCUUUGGAUCAAGAAAGCUAGCUGGUUUCUUGGUCAAAGAGCCACACCAGCGUAAUAACUCAGUUUAUCUGACUGACAGACCACCUGAGGAGUUCUGUCUGUCACCAGAUGCCUCCAGUGAAUUCCUGUCUGUCGAUCUAAAGAGAGGCAUGCUGAAAAGCGUCAGCUUAGCGGUGGAUUUGAUCACAGCCCAUUUCGGCUCCGGCAGAGACUCGGAGGAGAAGAUCAGACUGGGAAAAAGCUCACUGUGUCCCAGCAUCAGCCAGCUGGUCCUGAGUCAACUUUGCCCUGCUAUCCGGAACGUUCUGCAGGAUGGGCUGAAAGCCUUCAAGCUGGACUUGAUUGUUGGACAGCGCCGAAAUAAGCCAUGGAGUGUGGUGGAGGCUUCAAUACGGCCAGGCCCAUCUACUCGCAUUCUGCAUAGCCUGGUCUCAGUCGUUAGGAAGUGCUCACAGUUGACCAACCACAGUAUGAGGGUUAAUGCUUUCCUCCUGGGUCUACUGAACUUGCGUGCUUUGGAAUCUUGGUUGGGUCACUUGCACGCCUGUACAGAUGUGGUGGCAGAGUACUACCACGACUGGGCAUUCCUGGCUCUGUCUCAGGGCCCAGCAUAUAAGUCAUUAUUCCAGGAGCUUCUCCUCCUUCUUCAGCCACUGAACCAGUUGCCCUUUGACCUCCACCUCCUUUCUGAGCCGAAGCUGCAGAGGAGACUUGCUGAGAAGUCCUCAAGACCUCUUCCCCUGUCAGACUGCCCAAUCCUUCAUAAACCCUCCAACCAGAAGAAUAAUGGACAUCCAGAGAGGCCUAAACUGAAGGAGGAAGGAGAACUGCACCCUCUGACUCAGAAUCAAAGCUGUACAUCUUGUGGAACCCACAUUGCUGAGAACCUUAAAGGCUGUGCAGUUAAGUUCUGCAAACAGCCCAAGCCUUUCUCUCCAGAGGAGAGGGAUGAACAGAAGUCUCUUGUUUCUUCAGAAAGGGACAGUGCUGGAUGGUGGCUCGGUCAGACACCUGUCACUGAGGGCGUGAUGUUAGGGGUUUGCUCUAACGGUGCUCCACAUGAACGACACGAAAAGAUAUUGGAAGAAAAUAGUGAAAGAGCGACGGAGGUGUUAUUGCAAACAUCUCAACAGGAGAAUCCCCAAAAAGAGCUGCGCUGGGCUUGCUUAUUCGGCUCUGGGAUUGGCACGUCUGCAGGGGCUGUAAGGGCACAACAAAACAACAACCAAACCCAGAGAACCAGGCUACCUUCCCAAUGGCUUAAGCUUGGAGCAUCAAAGGUGGAUCUGCUGGCACAGUCAGUUUGGGGUAGGGAUGCGAGCAGAACCGUGCGUGGACCACAACCCAAACAGAGGCAGUGA